GGUAGGUUCCUGCCAUCUGAGUACACACAGAGGCAAUGCAGCAGCUAACCACAGUAGACAGGAGGCAUAUUAAGAGCCUUAAUUAACUUUGUUGUCACCUUUCUAUCACAAGUCAUUAAUGAACUCUUGUGUUAUCUAUCCUGCUGUCCCCGUCUGAUCAUAGUCCCCCAAAAAUUGAGAAAAGAAAGGGGUAAAAGUAGGGAGAGCCCCACAAACAGCUAAGGAAAUGAAGGAUGCAAAAAAGAGUGAGGUCCUUGGCAAAACCCCACAGGUGGCAGUCCUUGUUGCAAAUGCAAGGGUAAUGCUGACCAGCUACUGAUUGAUUGCUGUAAUUAGUUCCAUCUGGGCACACAGCCCAGGUGCUCAGGGCUCUGUGGUGAGUUCGGGGCCCUACAGAAGGAGAGAUGCCAUUUUUGCAGUCCCUGCGGUGGGAACUAUGGAAGGAGCAGAGGCCCUUUUAGCUCAAGCCUCCAGAAAUAUGGGCAGCAGAGGCUGUUGCUGUAGGUGUUGGAAACACGCAGUGGAGAUUUUGGCAGCUGGCGUCCUGAGCAACUUUGUGGAAGUCACCCAAUGGUGCAGGUAGCUCCAGACCCAGCCGUGGUGUUGCAUUCUCACCUCCAAAUCCCUUUCUGAUGUUUAGGCCACUAAAAUAAAGAGGAAAAGAGUGAUGUGAUUGCUUGUGGGACCAAAUGAGAAAAGCUUAGUAAAGCUUUGUACCUUUUAACUCUUUUUCCUCUCAAUCUGCUUCUUGCUGUAUCGAGAUGCAUACUGCUCUUUGUCACUGAUCUCAGCAGUUUGAGUCUGCAGAACUGGAGGUUUCCAUCCCCCAGGGAGUAAUUUACCAUAAUUCAGACACAAAAGUUAAAUACAUGCUCCUGGAAAAAUAUGUAUCUGUGUCCUUUUCCCCUGGUUCUCCUGGGGUGAAUGAAUGGUCCAUGCCACGCUUUCACUUGCUGCCCUCACUCUGAAGAACUGUCUUCCAUUUGAGCAGAAGAAAGCUAUAAGGAAAGAACUUUUAUGUACAGCAAGUGCUCUUCCUGCUUGUGGUGUUGUCUGCAUUUGGCAGAAGGGUCAUGGAGGCAGUUUACCUGAUACUACCAGAAGAUCAGUGGCCAACUAGGAAUGGACCCAGCAUGGCUCUAAUGGACCAUACAUUUCCUUGUCUGAACCAUGGAAAGAGCAGGAGGUGAACUACGAAUGGAAAAUAAAAGGAGAACAAAAACACAGGCACAAGUGAGAGAACAAGUGAGGGUGAGAAACAACUUGGGUGAUGAAUUCUAACUUAGGAUGUAAAAUAGAACCACCAGGAAAUGCUUAAAGGAAAGGAAUGGAGAAUCUUUUUGGAAAAGCUGUGAAAAAGGGCUUUUAGCUGCUCUGCUAUUGGAAAUACUUCCAGCUAACAUGCCAAGUUGAAGGUUGUGAUUUAUUGUUUUUUUUUUUACUGCUCAUGGGAUAUGAGAGAUCUGUCAGCACGUUAAUGGCUCAGACAUCUCCACCUGUCUUAAUGGGAUGUGGAUGUGUAGCUAUAUAUCAAGCUGUGAGAUGGAUGUAAAAUUCCCCCAUUUUGUCCAGCCUACCUUAGAUGGAGUGUGAGGCACAGAGGAGAUGCUCAGUGGCAGAUGAGGAUGACAUGAAAGCCCAAGGCUUUUUGGUGCCCAUUUAGCAGCCCCCGGUUGUGGUACUGGCAGGGCUGGCCAUCAGCUUUGGAGUAUAGGGUGUGACAUGAAAAGUUCCAAGUGUUUUCCCUGAAACCCAACAAAGCUUUCUGAGUGUGGUGCACACCUUCAGCCCUGGCCAUGUACAGUGAUGGAGAAGACCCCCUGCACCUAUACACCCCAUCUCUGCCAGGCAGCCCUGAGCUGUGUGCAUCCCUUCCCACACUCUCAGGGGGAAGAUGAAAAAUCCUCGUCUGGUUUCCUUACCUAGGAGCUCUCACCAGGACACUGCAGAGGAAUUAAACCGGGGUUCUCACUGAGCGGAGAAACACCAGCUCUCACUGCCGCUGUGUCCCGGCCCGGAUCGAGCGAUUUUCCCAGGGAGAAACAAAACGAAAUCUAAGCAGUGCGAGGGUUCUGGGAGUGGCUUACCUGCCCUUGGGAUGGGGGCCGGCUGUGGGAUGAAACUCGCCUUACUUUGGUCGACGGGACUCGUUUGGUUUUGUUAUCUUUUCCUCGGAGGAAAAAUGAAUUAAAAGCCAAGAGAGCGCCCCGGAAAAUCACCCAGCCUGCUCAGGAGCGGAUUUCCCCUGGGGGCACCGCUGCCAAAGAAAACCCCAGAGAGAGGCCGGGGGAUUUACCCGUGGGAGAACGGUCCCAUCCUCGGCGGCCUCCCCCCCGCGGCCCCCGGGGAGAGGGGCCGGGCUCCGCACGCCCCUCGGGGUGGGUUGGGGGGGCGGCCGCCCUAUAUAUUACAAAGCAGCUCGGGGCCCUGUUCCCCAUAGCCGGGUGCUGCCGCUGCGCUCAUCCCCCUUUUCCCUUCCCCUCCCUCUCCCUUCCCCCUUGGGCGGGGGGCUUUUACUCCUUCCGCCCCCCCCGCUUUACCCCUACCCCUCCGGCCGUAUAUGAACGCGGCCGGCUUCCCCUGCCUGCGAGGCAUGUGCACGCUGCCGGCCGCCGGCCCCGCCGCCUCGGCCAGCCCCGGCUCCCCCGGGCCCCCCCGGGGGUCCCCCUCCGCCGCCCAGGUGAAGCCGGAGCCGCGAGGUGCCGGGAGCAGCUCUCCGCUGCCUCCUCCUCCGCCUCCCGAGGAGCUGCCGCCUCCCGCCGGGGGCCGCCGGAGGAAACGGCCGGUGCAGCGGGGCAAACCGCCUUACUCCUACAUCGCCCUCAUCGCCAUGGCCAUCGCCAACGCCGCCGAGAGGAAGCUCACUUUGGGGGGCAUCUAUAAGUUCAUCACCGAGCGCUUCCCUUUUUACCGGGAGAACCCCAAAAAGUGGCAGAACAGCAUCCGCCACAACCUCACCCUCAACGAUUGCUUCGUCAAGAUCCCCCGUGAGCCCGGCCACCCCGGGAAAGGCAACUACUGGACGCUGGACCCUGCCGCCGAGGACAUGUUCGACAACGGCAGCUUCCUGCGCCGGAGGAAACGCUUCAAGCGCACCGACAUCACCACCUACCCCGGCUAUAUGCAGAACUCCAGUGCCUUCACCCCACCGCCUGCCGUUCGCCCGGUGGCCCCCGCCGCCCCCUACCCAAAUGCCCUCUGCUCGCCCGCCUACAGCCCGCAGCUCUCGGGCACCGUUUUCCACCCCUACGCAACCGGGGUGGCACCGCCGGCGCAGCACUCGCGGAUGUUCAGCAUUGACAGCCUGAUCAGCGGGCAGCAGGCCCUGCAGCCCUCGCCACCUGCCGAGCUGGCCCACCCCUCUCUGGGCUUAACUGGGACUGAACUAGCCCCUAGCUGCUCCGCCAGCACCUCGGAGCCUCCCUGCUUCCAGCCUCAGCCCGUCAGCCCUGGUUUGCUGAGCCGAGCUGGCCCCAAUGCUUUGGCAUACCCCUAUGCUGCCUCACCGCCCCAUCUACCCGUAGGGCAGGGCAGCUACUCACCUGGCAGCCCACAGCUCUACGGGGCUCCCAGCAGACUGGCGCUGCCCACUGUGCGCCCCACUGCCUGUCCUGAGCACAAUGAGCAGCUGCUGGGUCUCCCCGCUUCUCCCCUCGGCCAGUUCAGCUCCGGCAAUGCCUAUGGCAGGCAGCCCAACUUCAGCACCGGCCUGGAGCGAUACAUGUGAUGGGACUGAGGAUGGAUGCUCUAAGGAUCCCAUGGAUGAGCAUGCCCCCAUAGUGGGGAUUGAGUGGGUGGGAUGAGGUUCCUGCUCUUUGGUUGUGUGCAGACACAAUCCCGUGUGCAUGGUGAAGGGGGCCAAAAUCUGACUCUUCUUUCCCAGCUGUGUUUAAUUGGAGAGGAGGUUCGUCCUGGAGGCAAUGCUCGCAUGGUGCAAUGGGCAGGAACCCCAAAAGCAAGGAAUGGUCCAAAAAAGGGCUUUCUUCUUUUCCCUGGGUGCUCAUUCAUCACUGGAAUGAAUCACCAAAAAACCCCACUAAACUAAUUUUAAAAGAAUAAUUAAGGUGUUUAUCCUCUUAUUCCCUCAUAGGAAACGAAACAAAACAAAACACCUUGCCUACUUCUUUUUUCUAUUUUGAAAAAUGACUUUCACUGUUAGAAAAGACUUUUUUAAAAUAAAGCUUUUCUUUCCAACCUGUCCAGUGCUGCCA